ACCUUGAAAGUAAUUUAUCAUUUUUAUAUUUGUUUUAUUUGAGAGGAAAGCUUGAAUAAAAAUGAUAAAAUUUAUUUUUUUCCAAAUUAUCGCAAAUUGUAACGUAUUUGUUAUGCAUAUACAUAUAUUCAUAGAAUAUAUAUAUUUCAAAAUUACGCUCGCGAAACGAACAAGCAGAGACCUCUGCAAAACUUGGUUAUUUUAUCACCAGAGUUUAUUCAACCAUACAAGUAUUAUAUAUUUCUACUACAAGUAUUGACGUGUUAUUUAUUUUUGUUUAUUAUAUAUUUGAGUUGAGAAAACUAAAAGUUACUGAAUUCUUAUAAUAUUAUCUGAUAUUUUUUUUUUGUUUUGUUUUUAUGGGCUAAAUGCAAUAAGAGCAGAUGAUAUUUUAAUAUUUACGAUAGUUGUUAUAUUGUUGGUUUAUUUAUAAGCAACACUAAUAAUAACAUAAUUUAAAUUAACAUAUAACAAUAAUGGGAGCACAAUCAAAAAUAUUGAUAAUGUGUGGAUUGAAUAAUGAUCAAAAUUUUGAUCAAGUGUGGAUAAAUAAUAAAAUAAAAGAAAUAUCGCAACAAGUAAGUGACAUGAACAACGAACAAAAAUUGUUUUGGCUGUGGAAAGCAAUCACAUUUAUUGAUUUAACAGCUUUAAAUGAAAACGAAACACUAGAAUCAAUUCAAAAUUUAUGUUUGAAGGCUAUAAAACCAAUUGAUGUAGGUGAUGCCAUGAAAUCAUCAUCAUCACCACCAGAACCUUUACAUCCGGCAGGUAUAUGUAUUUAUAAUGAAAGAGUUCAAGAUGUUAUGGACUGUUUAGAAAAUCACGAUGCUCGUCAAUAUAUAUCUGUAGUAACUGUUGCAGGUGAUUUUCCAUCAGGUAAAUCAUUAUUUAAUGUCAGAUUACAACAAGUUGUAGAUGCGGUAAAACUUGAAGUCGAUGAAAUAGAUGUUGUAAUUGACAGGUCACUUGUUAUGACACAUGAUUGGGAUGAAUUACUUAAUCAAUUGUCGAAAAUGAAACAAGCAUGUGAAAAUAAAUUAAUGAAAACAAUAUUGUCUGUUGGAGAUCUUCCUAGUUUAAAUCAUGUUUACAAAACAUCAAUGGUGGCAAUGGCAGCUGGUAGUAAUUUCAUAAAAACUUCAACAGGCAAAGAAUUGAUAAAUGCAACAUUACCUGUUGGAAUAGUAAUGUGUAAAGCAAUAAAAGACUACAAAAAAUUGACUGGAAAAAAAGUUGGAUUAAAGCCUGCUGGUGGAAUAAAAACAUCAGUUGAAGCACUGGAAUGGAUGUUACUCGUAAAACAAGAGUUGGGAGAAGAAUGGUUGAACAAAGAAUCAUUUAGAUUAGGAGCAUCAAGUUUACUCGAUAAUAUAAUCAAGACAAUUACUGAAUUAUCGCAUAACUAGAAUUAACAUUAUAUUUAUUUAUAAAUUAAUUAUUGACUAUAUCUCUUGAAACAGUUGAUGUAUAUUUUUUUAUUUUUACAUGAUAUUUUAAAAAUUAUAUGUAUUGUGAUUAGUGUAAUUAUCA